UUAAAGAGACAAUGGCAAACGUGUCUUUGAAGUCUUUAAUUAUAGUGUGUUCACUGCCUUUCAUCAGUGGUUGUUUUGUGGGAUGGUUGGGGUUCCAGGACAAGUGUUACUUCUUUAGCCAUACUACGGCCUCUUGGCCAGAUGCGGGAAGCACUUGUGCACAGCUUGGUUCUAAACUAGUUGAGCCAAGAACAAUGGAGGAGGCCAGGUUUCUUAUCAGCCACAGUCAGAGUUUAGAUAAAAGUUUUUGGAUGGGGAUGUCUGAUUUAGUGGAGGAGGGUAGAUGGGAAUACUCCUCUACGCAUGAUCGUGUAACACUUGACUUGUGGCAGCCCGGAGAACCAAAUGCCCAUACGGAGGAAAACUGCAUGGUCAUGUGGCAGGCUUUUUAUGGCAAAUGGGGAGAUUAUUACUGCUCUAAUAAGCUUUACUUUGUUUGUGAAGUCGAUACUGGAGAUCCUCUCCAGGUAGUGGGAUAAGAUGUAUGAUG